AUGUCCAAGAUAAACCAUACCAUGGUGACCGAGUUCAUUCUCUUGGGACUGACUGACCAACCUGAGUUGCAGCCUAUCCUCUUCAUAAUAUUUUUACUGGUCUAUCUCAUCACUGUAGUGGGGAAUGUAGGAAUGAUCGCGCUGAUCAGGGGUGACCCCAAACUUCACACUCCCAUGUACUUUUUCCUCAGCCACUUGUCAUUUGUAGAUCUCUGUUAUGCCACCAAUGUCACACCUCAGAUGCUGGUCAAUUUUUUGUCUCAAAGAAAAACCAUUUCAUUUGUAGGCUGCCUCAUACAGUUUCAUUUUUUCAUUGCUUUGGUAAUCACAGAUUAUUACAUGCUCACAGUUAUGGCCUAUGACCGUUAUGUAGCUAUCUGCAAUCCACUGCUCUACAGUAGCAAAAUGUCCAAGAACGUCUGUAUCUCUCUGGUUGCUGCAACCCAUAUCUAUGGCUUUGUCAAUGGUCUGAUACAGACCAUCCUGAUGCUUCGUCUAUCCUUCUGUGGCCCUAAUGAGAUUAACCACUUCUACUGUGCUGACCCACCUCUCAUGGUCCUCUCCUGCUCAGAUACUUACAUCAAAGAAACUGCCAUGUUUAUAGUUGCUGGUUCAAACCUCACCUGCUCUCUGACAGUCAUUCUCAUCACUUACAUGUUCAUUUUUGUGGCCAUCCUGCGCAUCUGCUCGGCUGAGGGACGGCGUAAAGCUUUCUCUACCUGUGGCUCCCACCUGACAGCUGUCACUAUCUUUUAUGGGACUCUGUUUUGCAUGUAUCUAAAACCCCCCUCAGAGACAUCUGUACAACAAGGGAAAAUUGUAGCAGUUUUCUAUAUUUUUGUGAGUCCUAUGUUAAAUCCCUUGAUCUAUAGUCUGAGGAAUAAAGAUGUAAAGGAGGCUGUGAAAAGAAUUCUGUUCAAAGAUGUUCUCAGAACAGCAUUGGCAUCACUGUGUACAACAUUCUCUUGGUUCGACUCAUUUUUUCAUGCAAGUAUUUCCAUGGUUCUCUAAAAUCAACCAGAUCAUCAUUUUUAUAACACAAUGGUAUUCCGUCAAAAUCAUAUACCAUAACUUGUUUAGCCAUUCCCCAAUUGAGAAGCAUCCCCUCAAUUUCCAGUUCUUUGCUGCUAUAAAUAUGUUGGAACAUAUAAGUUCAUUUCCUCUUUUCCUAAUCACCUUCAGACAGACAUCUAACAGUGAUAUUGCUGGGUCAAAGUUUUGUAAUUCUUUGGGGAUAAUUCUAGAUUGUAUUCCAUAAGGGUUGGAGCAGUUCCCAGGGAAUCAUUUUAAAGAGGUCAUUCAAACCUCAGAGUCUUCAUGGUUUCCCUGUUAGAUUUUAGUUGACAACUCCAUUUAAUGAAACAUAUUACGCCUCAGCAAAAGACAUUUUCUCAUACAAGUGUUCAUAAAAUUAUCUUAUAAAUUUUUUCCACAUUUUUCAGUCCAUCUGCUCAAUCAACUAUCUGGGCCUAAAUGGCUCGAUAUUUCAGGUACCUGUUGAAUGGGGUUUGCCCUAGAAGAUUACCUUUUAAGAUCUCUUUUGGAGUUAUGAAAAUUAUAUCUUCAUUUGUUUAACUUUUUAAACCUAAAACAAAAACAAAACACACAAAAAACAGCUUGAUUCUCCUCACUCCAAUCAGCUCUGCAUAUCACACCCAGUUAUCCAUUUAUGUGACAGUUUAUGUUUCGAAAAAAAAAUGCUAUGACCCUAGUCAGAUCUCUUCACUUCAUUACUUUCUCAUUGCUUGCAGAACGUUAACCAACUGGCAUCCUAACACUGCAGGCCCUCUAGUCCAGUCUGCAUUUCUGAUCCUUUCUUGGGUGAUCCCCAAUGUCAAUACUCUCUGUCUUUGACCACCAAGUCCUUCAGUGGAGUAGGUAUGGUGACUGAUGUUAGCUGCACUCCAUCCCAGCCCACUCUGAAAGAAGAAUGACCUCAGAUCUACCAUUAGAUGUCAAUCUGUUAAUUAAAGAGUCCUAUUAAAGAGGAACGCAGUACUCCAGCAAAACUGCCUUCCUUGCAGUUCUCUGAAAUACUAUGUGCUUUCUAGCCUCCACAUCUUUUCCCAAACCUCUCUGUCUAUAAAAUGACCUUGAACAUGCAGUCACAGACACAAUUCAUAGAGCUGGAAUGGAUCCCUGAAAAAAUCUUAUCCAACCUAUAUACGAACAUGAAAUCCCUCAGCAACAUUCCUGAUAAAUGGCCAUUCAUCUUUUUCUUGAAGACUUUAAGUGAGGAUGAAACCACUGCCUUCUGAGGAAACUUGUUCUGUUGUUGGACAACUCCAAUAGUUAGGAAGGUCUUCCCUCUGUCAUGCAUAGGCUUCCUGUUUUGUAACUUCAUAUAUAGUUCCUAGUUCUGCCCUAUGGGACCAUGAAAAAUGACUCUUAUGUCUGACUCUCCCCUUCCUCCCACAGAAGAGCCCUUCCAACACCCGAAGAUAACUAUUACCUCCUCAUCUUCUCCAGGCUUCCUCUGAUUUCCACUUUUCAUUCAUCCAAAGUCUAUAAAGCCCAUGUGGGACCUGCCCCCCAUAUAGCAUGAAGCCUUCUCUUAUCAUAUAAGGUCAUGAUGAGCUUGCCUUUUUAUUGGCACAUCAUAUACUUCUCUCCAACUAAUAGUCUUACAGAUGUUCUUGAAGAUGUUGAGAGGUUAAGUGAAGUUAUUUACCCAGGGUCACACAGUCAACAUGCGUCAAAGGCACAAAUUUGAACACUGGGCUUCAUAACUUCAAAGUCAGCUGUCUAUCCAUUUUUUCCAUACUACGUCUUAGUACCAGUUUGCAUAGGCACAGCUAGUAUUUAACUAAAAAUAAAUGCAAAUCAGCAAACACAUUAAGCAUCUAUUAAGUGUUAUGUGCCAGGAAUAAAAAAGACAAACAAUUAAAGAGGAACCACAGCACAGAAGCAAGUGUGUGCACUGGAUCUGGAGUCAGAGAACCUGAAUUCAAAUC